AUGAUCCCCGUCGUAACGGGGAAUGCCGAUGCCCUCAAACAGAUGCUAGUCGAGGGCCGGGCUUCGGUCCAUGAUGUUUGGAACGAUGGGAUUUACACCCCUCUGUGGGUUGCGAUGGUUCUGCGGAAGACGGAAAUCGUCAGGGCGCUACUUCAGGCAGGUGCCGAUCCGCACCACAUGAUGCCGUCAAGUGGCGUAUCCCCCAUGUUGGAAGCUGUCACCUUUUCACUUUCAAACCGCACGGUGGAGAAAGAGAUCGCCAGUCUGUUUCCAGUUACCAACUACUUUGAAGAUAAAAGCUAUUCAGCAUUGCAUCUCGGCACGGCGGGGCUUCUCCAUUUCGACCUUGCUUCGGCUGUUCGUCAGCCAUGGCAUCUGACAGAGAUCGACAGGAGGGCCGGAGAUGGGAUGACGCCGCUUUGCAUAGCGGCUAUACGAGGCGACUCGAAUGCCGUCAAGAUUUUGGUCGGAGCAGGAGCCAACAUAGAUACGAAAUCGACAGCGGGAGUCACCGCCCUUGGCUGGGCAUGUCGAUUUGGCCAUUUCGAGGUGGCUCGGUUCCUCCUCCUCGAGACAGGCGCCAGUGUCAACGAGCAAGACAACUUUGGCACGACGGCACUUCAGGAGGCUGUUGGACGGAGGGAAGGAGACAACCCCAAAGAGCUUUGGUCGAUAUUGGUGAAGUACGGCGCGGAUGUCAAUUACGCCAGUCGCGAGGGCACUGCGCCGUUGAUUUCAGCGGUCCAAGUGGAGUCGAUGGAGGCCGUCAAGUUCCUACGGCUCUGA